AUGGACCUGACUAAGGUGGAAGCAGUGUCAAAUUGGAAACAACCUGAGAAUCCAACGGAGGUUCGAAGUUUCUUGGGUUUAGUUGGUUACUACCAUCGUUUCAUUAAGGAUUUCUCCAAGAUAGCGGGACCUAUGACCGAGCUGACCAAGAAGUAUGGCAAGUUCAUAUUGGACGCUAAGUGUGAAAGGAGUUUUCAAGAGUUAAAGAGACGGUUGACUGAGGCACCAGUUUUAACUCUACCUAAUGGAAAUCAUGGUUAUGUGGUAUUCACAGACGCAUCGAAAGAAGGUCUAGGUUGUGUGUUGAUGCAGAAUGAACGAGUUAUAGCCUAUGUGUCACGAAAGUUGAAACCCUAUUAG